GAGAAUGGAGAACAGACAGGUUCUGGUCAAUAAGUGGAUGCCCACGGUGACAAUGAACCCAAUACAGCAGUCUCCUACAACACAGGGUCAGCCCCAGGGACCGGAGUACAGGGAGGUACCUAUAACUUACAAAGGUGCAGAGGCCUGUUAUAUAGAGAAGGUUCUGAUUACGUCCAAUCCCGAGGAAGCGUUCUUAAUCAAGAUCCUACAGCGGCAGACUCGGAGGCCGGAGAUCGGGGAUAAUUUCAGCAGCAGGCACGGACAGAAGGGGGUUUGUGGAUUAAUUGUACCUCAGGAAGAUAUGCCAUUUACUGAUCUGGGAAUUUGCCCAGACAUUAUAAUGAACCCCCAUGGGUACCCCUCCAGAAUGACAGUGGGUAAACUGAUGGAGCUGAUGGGGAGUAAGGCUGGUGUGCUUGACGGGAAAUUCCACUAUGGAACAGCUUUUGGUGGAGACAAGGUUUGUGAUCUGUCAGAAGAUUUGGUCAGACAUGGAUUCAAUUAUCUCGGCAAAGAUUUUGUCACCUCAGGAAUAACAGGGGAACCACUUGAGGCCUAUAUUUUCUUUGGUCCAAUAUACUACCAGAAACUGAAGCACAUGGUCCUAGAUAAAAUGCACGCCAGAGCCAAGGGACCGAGGGCUGUACUGACUCGACAACCCACGGAGGGUCGAUCUCGAGAUGGAGGCCUGAGACUGGGGGAGAUGGAGCGAGAUUGUCUCAUUGGAUAUGGAGCUAGUAUGCUGUUGUUGGAGAGAUUAAUGAUAUCCAGUGAUGCCUUUGAGGUGGACGUUUGCGGUGAAUGUGGCCUUCUGGGAUACUCGGGCUGGUGUGAGUUCUGUAAAUCUUCACGUCACGUGUCUACUCUCAAGAUGCCGUACGCCUGUAAACUGUUAUUCCAGGAGUUACAGUCAAUGAACAUUGCUCCAAGACUCUCACUCAAACCUUAUAAUGAGGUUUAAAGACUGGCAACUCACUAUUACUUUGUUUUUUGUAUUGUUUUUGUUGACUCAU